CUCAUUUUGUUUCUUUCUUCGCUUCUCUGCUAUUGUCAUUUUUUAUGAUAAAAAAGGCACGGUGUUCUGCCUGGCAUUUACCGCUCCAUUAUGCAUACGUGAUCUUUUUCAUUCUGUUGACGAUAUUGCUGCCGUUGCUAUACAGUCGCACAGGUUAUCCUCCUCUGUGGUUUAUAUGGACGCUACUGGGCACGUUGCUGUUUUUUUACGCUGUCUACUGGGUAGGUCAUUGUUCCCUUGGAGACACCGUUGCACGAGUAAGACUUACGAUGAAAAAAAAAGAUCAUUCUUUAUAUAUGGUGGGUACGAGCACUGCGCGACACGAAACACGAUGGUAAAAGCGAGAACAGUAACCACAGCGACGAAAAUAGCGAGGACCAAGAUAUUGAGAGA